CGCGACGACCCAAUGAGGGCACGACUUGCCUGCCACCACAUGGCGCAAGUUUUGGUGCUGUGUGUGGCGUUGCGGGUGGAUCUUGAGACGGCUUCAAUGUCUUUUUUUCGCCGAACCUCAAACCUCACACCUCAGGACCCAACUACCGCUUCCGGCAGCUACAUACCACUCACCGCCAGUGACAUCUCACUCCUGGCAUUCAUCCUCCCAUUCUCACUACCAAGGUACCAUGGACCCCGACAAGGACAACGCCAACCCCACCAUCCUCAACCCCUCGGAUCUCCCGUCGCGGCGCGCAAAUGCCUCCCUCAAGAAGCGCGACGACGGCGGCACCGGCCUCUUCGACCACCUCAUCCCCGCAUACACCUACCUGAACGAUCCCUUCGACGCGCCCGCCUCCGCCAGCGACUCGGAUGACGACGUGGUGGAGGACAUUGACGAGCAAGAGAUUUACGAUCUCAUCUCCACCAUCUCGGACCCCGAGCACCCCCUCUCCCUCGGCUCCCUCGCCGUUGUAAACCUCCCCGACAUCCGUAUUCUGCCCCCCACGACUCUGAAGUCGCCCAUUAGCACAGUAGUCGUUGAGAUCACGCCCACUAUCACGCACUGCUCGCUCGCAACCGUAAUUGGAUUAGGCGUUAGGGUGCGCUUGGAGCAGGCGCUGCCGCCGCGUUUCCGGGUCGAUGUCCGCAUUAAAAAGGGCACGCAUAGCACGGACGAGGCGGUGAACAAGCAACUGGGGGAUAAGGAGAGGGUGGCUGCGGCGUUGGAGAAUGGGACGCUGAUGGGGGUGUUGAGGAAGAUGUUGGCGACGUGCGAGUGAACAUUGCGACUGGGAUGAAGUUAUGAUGGCAUUGGGCGGCGUUCUCAUACAUAUCCCCUUUAGAGCUUACGAGGGUAGGACACCAAGGCACUCCUUGCGAAUAAAAGAGUUUAAGAAUCAAUCGUUGUGAGUUGCUGAUUCGUGGUACAUCAAACGUGCACGGGAUUGAAGCACUCUCCAUGACGUUGAAAUACACCUUUUAGACGCACACAUCUCCUACUCCAGGGCUCAUAAAUCCUAAUUUACCUUCCUAAC